AUGGCGAGUCCGGUGGGGGAGGAUAACUGGGUCGACUUUGUCGACCAUCAACUGCGUGGCGCUACCGACCUCGAAAGUCGCGUCAAGGUCAUCGAGACCUUCCGCCGCGCCGUCCAAGCCGAGCCCGGCAGCCUCAAAGUAUGGAUGGCUUACUGCGAAUACUUCUGGUCUCUCUAUUCCGACUGCCAGCCCGGUAGCGACGCUGGCUGGCCCAUCGAGGAGCAGCACGUCGGCCGCGAGACCUUCACCCUAGACCAUGCCCUCAACCUCUGGCAGGAGGGUUAUGAGGCUGUUCAGUACCGCCUCUCCGACAGCCACCAGCUCUGGAAUCGCUGGGUCUCCCUCGAGAUGGAGCUGCUUGCCCGGACCGCUACCGAGGCUGGCGUCCGCCGCAUCACCCAUCUCUACAAGAAUAGGCUGGCAGUACCCCACGCCACCUGGGAUAACACGUCGCAGAUGUAUUCUAGCUUUCUGUCCGAGUACAACCGCGCCAACUACGAGUCCGAGAUGCUGCACGUCACCGCUAACGCCAGAGACGCCAAGCGACUGUACGAGUUGCGCGACCCCUGGGAAAUGAAGCUCAACCAUGCCCAGAAGGCCGGCGAUAUUCAGGGCAUGAAGGCCAUCAUGGCUGAGUACAUCGACUGGGAGAUUAGGCAGGCCAAAUCCAAAAAGGAUCACCAUACCUUGACAAACAUCCACAUUUGCCUUGGUCUGUUUUCGCGUGCUCUUACCGGCAUCAUGUCCGCGGAUGAAGCGACCUGGCUCAACUUCUUGGUUUUCGUCUCAACAUGGCACUCUGACAUCAAGCUGGGUCGCGUAAAGAUCCCCUCGGUCAUCCUGCCUAAUAUGCUGGACGUCCUCCAGCGCGCUGUGCACCACGUUCCCUGGUCCGGCACUGUCUGGGCCCGCUACAUCCUGGCUGCCGAGGAAGCUGGCCUAGGCUUCACUGACAUUGAGCGCAUCAAGCACGCAGCCACGAGCUGUGCCCAGCUCGAUCGCGACGGCAUGGGUGGAGUUCUGGAAAUGUACUCGGCCUGGUGUGGCUACCUCAAGCGCACCGCUAUGAAUCCCAACGCGAGCGAAGAAGCCGUUGACCUUGCCGAGGUCGGCCUCCCGUCCGCUCUGGAAGACGUUCGACAUUGGGGCAAGCGACGGUACGGUGAUGCUUACGAGGGCGAUCCCAACUUCAGGUUAGAAAAGAUUUUGAUUCAGUUUCUGACCGAGAAGAAGGAUGACAUUGACGAGGCACGCGGCGUAUGGGAGCAAAUGGCUGUGAUUCCGCUACAUGCCAACAGCUACGAUUUCUGGCUGGCUUGGUUCCUCUGGGAAAUGCUGGUGUUCGCUUCCACUAAGAGCAAGAAUCGGAGCCCUACACCUGCCACCGUGGCCCAGGGUUUGCGGGUCCCCUCUUUCGCCACCCGUGUCUUCAUUAAGGCUCUCAAGGUACGAACGCUGGACUGGCCCGAGAGGAUUAUGGAUGUUUAUCUUCAGCAUUGCAACGACUACGAGCUGGCCGAAACUCUACGCGAAGCCCAGGACACCAUCUACAAGACGAGAAAGGGUGUUGCUAGGCGUCGUGAGAGAGAGGCUGCUCAAGCACACGCGGCGGCACAAGCUCAGGCCCAGGCCGCGUACGCAGCACAGGCCCAGCACCAACCGCAGCAACAUCAACAACAACAACAACAAAACACAACAACAACAACAACAACAAACACCACCAACAACAACAACAACAACAAGCCAACAACAACAACAACAACAACAAACAACAACAACAACAACAACAACACUGGACUGCAACCUCUCUUGACAACAACAACAACAACAACAAAGCAACGGCAAUAUCAACAGCAGCAGACCCACGAUCACCCGAUGACAGAUGCCCCGCAAACCGGCACAUCACCAGGCUCCAAGAGGAAGCGUGAGGAUGGUCCUGUGGAUGAGGCUGACGAUGGUGCCAAGCGGGCAAAGAGCGAAACUGUUAUGGGUGCCGCUGAGCUCAAGCGUGACAGGGAGAACACGUCGGUCUUUAUUCGCAAUCUCCCCGCAGACAUUACCCAAACCAAGCUACGACAGUUUUUCCGCGAAUACGGUCACAUCAACAAUAUCGACCUUCAAAAGAACGAAGGUGCCCCGGCUGUGGCGCUAAUCGAGUUCAGGUCGCCAGAAGAUGCUCGGACAGCUUUGCUUCGCGAUGGGAAAUACCUCGGCGAGUCGGUUAUCCAGGUCAGCCCGGCAACCGACUGCACCCUAUUCGUUACGAACUACCCGCCCGAGGCAGACGAGCAGUAUAUCCGCGAUCUUUUCAAGCAUUGUGGUGACAUUCACAGUAUCCGUUUCCCCAGUCUUAAGUACAACACCAAACGCCGUUUCUGCUACGUAUCCUUCCGCGACCGAUCCUUUGCAGCCGCGGCCACUCAGCUUGACGGCAAGCCUUUAGAAGGAGGAAAGUACAAGUUGCAAGCCAAGUUCUCCGAUCCAGGCCAUAGGCAAGUGCGCCAAGGAGCUCAGGCCGAAGAUCGCGAACUCCACGUGAUGAACCUACCUCGUGCGGCAAGCGAAGACGACGUCGAGGGUCUCUUCGAAAAAGCCGGCAAGGUCGUCAGCGUCCGCCUGACGCGUAACAUGGGAGGCGUCAGCACCGGCACCGCAUUUGUGGUGAUGGAAACCAAGGAACAGGCUGCCAAGGCGAUUGAGAUACUGGAUAAGGUGAUCUUUGGCAACCAUCCCCUCAAGGUGGAGGUGUCAAAGCCGCCCACGCGCAAAACCACCGCUACGAGUCGAGCUGACGGUGAAGCCGAAGGUUCGCCCGAGUCUGGCGCCUCCGGGUCGGGAUCUAGUCACGUGUCGGGGCCUGAUAUUGCCGCCCGUACGAUCGCCAUUCUUGGCAUUCCCGACACGAUGAACGACGCGCGCGUGCGCUCCAUUGUUGCACCUAUCGGUUCGAUCAACAAACUCGUUCUUCACCCACAGCACGGCGGCGCUGUCGUCGAGUUCGCCGAUGCGGCGACGGCUGGCAAGGCAUCUUUGGUCAUCAAUAGCACCGAGAUCGAGGGUGGUAAGAAGCUGCGCGUCGGAACUGUCGGGCAGCUGUUCAAGGAGAAGGCCGAGAAGAGGAUAGAUAGGAUCGAUUUGCCGCAUCAGCAACUGCAGAAGAAGCAGGAUGGCGCUAAAGCCAGCAAGAAGGUGAAGACCGCUGCUGAGUUGAUGCCACCACCGCCGCCCAUUAGGAGACCGCCUGUGUUGGGUAAGGCGGGGGCUAAGAGGGGACUCGGGUUCGUGGUUCCUGUCAGCAAGGCGCAGAAGGAACAGAACGCUGCUGCUGCGGCGAAGGAGGGCUCAGAGAAGGUCAACGGCACCGGGCCAUCUUCAUCCGCUGCAGGUCCUGCCGCGCCGGCACCACCGGUUGCUCAGAAAAGCAACGCCGAUUUUAAGAAGAUGUUCUUGGAGGGCAAGAAGUGA